AUGAAAUAUACAACUAUAUUGCUUCUGAUAUUAAUAUCGGAAUGUCACUGCGAUCAGAUAAGUGACACGGAAUCGUAUUUAAGUAGGUUCAUUGCGGAUAUGUGGCUCGAGGGAUCGGAUAUUGUUAGAAUUAUUUGGAGAGAUUGUUCGAGGAAGUUGGUGGAUGUCAAAGAUACGAUCGACCACAAAGAAAACUUUCCUAAAUUUGUAAGAUGUAUGAAAAGGAAGACGUUGAGAGCUCUGGACAGAUCCUUGAACCCGGACAUCGUGCCUAUUGCAGAUGGUAUCAACUUUGUGCGGUUUGAAAUAGUGGAUCCCUCUGGGAAUCCUUUACCGGAAAAUAAUACCAGCUUUUGGACUGAAAAAGAAUUAGAAGAAGGCGAAUGGAGAUACUUAGCGUUGCAACGUAUGGCAAAAAUUUUCCGUACACACGUCAUAAAAUUCGACCUAGAUAAUAAUUUUAUAAACAAAGAGGAAUUUCGAGGAAGGAGGCGUCAUCAUUUGAUGACGAUGAUGAUAUUUGGAGUGGUAUCCAUCGGUAUGGUGAUUAUACCAAUGGGUUUUCAAUUUUUAGCCGUUCUUGGAGGAAAAGCCUUGUUACUGGCGAAAAUGGCUCUCAUUUUAGCUUCAAUACAAGGAUUAAAAAAGAUUGCUGCAAGUCCGUUAAGUUACGGCUUCUACCACUCCUAUCCUUUCGAUCAUUACGACAAGAGAGGACUGAGUGAACUGUCAUCUGUCCAGAAACCACCAUUCCCGUCAUUCAAUUUAGAAGAUCAUUUAAAAAUUGAUAGGAUGCUAAGAGACUCAGACGUGAAACAAAUUAAAAAUGAAAAAGAAACUGGUAAAUUUGAUGUAUCCGAACAAGUCAAGGACAAGGAGCGGAUACCUGUUCAAGAAGAUAUUACAACGCCUCCAUCUGUCACACCAUUGGAUAAUAACCCUUCUUAUCAUUUAAAUGGGCUUGGUGAGGUACAAGCAGAUUAUGCUGUGGAUUUACCCUAUAACGGAAUUCAUUUUCAAAGUUCCGAUCCUGUCAUUUCACCUAGACAUAUUUAG